AUGACUCCAAAGAUGUUCAUUUGUGAGGUUCCAGAGAAAGUUGUGGAAGAUGGAGAUUGUUUUUGGAUUCAGGGUUCUGUAGUGGACGUAGAAAUGGGGGAAAGUGGGGAGCUGGAGAUGAUAACACUGGAUGAUGGAACCUCAAGCAUUAAAAUUUCAAUAAAGGAUAAGCUCAAGGAUGUAAAUUAUGAGGGUUUUAAUGAGAAAGCCGUAGUGAUUUACAGAGGACUUGUUGAAGAGCUAGUUCAGAAGGGGAAGUAUAUUUCAACUGUUUGUCAACUGAAUGAAGGUUUGUUUAAGGUCCUUCAUAUUUCAGAUAGCAUUAACAAAAGUAGAGACUCAGAAAAUGAGUGGAUAAAUAGUAUUAUUAGAUCGAGAAAUUUUCGUGAGGAUGAACUAUAA